CACGAUAGAUAAUAAUUAAUUAAUUUAUUUAAAAAAAUCAGUACAUUAAACAAAAACUAAAGGACUAUUUAUGGGUCGCCACCCGUCUUUAAUUGAGGCCUUCUUUAUUUAGUUAAACAAUUAUAAAAAUUAUUAUUUGAAAAGUUGAAUGUGUAGAAAGUAAGAGCCUGCGCCUCAGUUGUUUCCUACCCCGUGAAUCAAUGAAUUGCUUACGAAAUUAUACCUUUUUCUUUAGUUUAACACAUUUAUUUACUAAAUCGGCGUCAUCUAACUGACUAGAUAAAAAUAAACCCAAACAAACUGUUAGAGGAAAAUAUCUCACCACCUUUUCCUUUAAUAUUAUGUUCCCAAUCCCUUAUUUAUAUUUAAAAAGCGGCUUUGAAUUAAUAGAAUGAUAAACCUUAGAAUAAAAAAAAUGUAGAAUUUCCUUAAAAUUUAAAUCCUUUCUUUAAAAGUUACUAAAGUCAUAAUAAAAUUAGGGAGCAAUAAUAAAAUUACUCGUGAAACGUAGGUUUAAAAAUAUCCUGCACCAUUGAAUAAUAAUAAUUAUAAUAAUAUAAUUUCUAAAAUUUGUACAACAACCAAUGAAGCUCCGAUAGGAAAGAAAAUAAAACAAAUAAAAAAACUCGCACAUUGGAAGAUAUUUCCCUGAGCUCACGGAGUCCAAAUAAAAACAGAGCGUAAUGUGUUUUGCUUGUAAUUUAUCAUCUCACUACUUCAGUAUUCUAGUUGCAAAGUUCCUAUUUAAUACGCUGGAUUUUUUUGUUAAUGUGUUUUGGAUACCUGCAGCAGCGGGGCGCUUACUUGUCCAAUAAAAUAUCUCGUAAAAUAAGCUUUCCAAAUACAUAUUGUAACGUUUUGGAUAACUAAGCAAAGGAUUUGAAUGGCUGUAAGUAGCACUGUUAUUGUUGACUUUUCUUUUUUUUUAAUAUUCAUUCAUAAUUUUAUCUCUUUCUCUGCAGAUGUCCAAAUCCUGAUCAUUUAUAAAAAACAGUGCUUGUUAUAGCUGAACAGGCUGAGUAUUUAAUGACUGCAAGGAUUGAUUUAUCUUUUAUUGUUCAGCUUUAUGAUCACGUGUCUCAGCUGCCCAAUGGCAUGGCUCCUUGGCUCCCCAUUACUUUCCUCACUGUAGUUCUCCGUGCAUGGGGCCAAGUUGCUACUUGAUUUCUCCACAUUGUUAUUUUGUGAGGCUGCGCUUUACUGCGCGUGCAUAUAUGUGUGUGUGCUUUGGGGAAUGUGUGCUUUUUGUUUUCUUAUGCUUGUAUCUUAUUGUAUGACUGCGUACAUGUAAAAUCGGUCUAAUUUCCCUGCCAUGUCGACGUCCGGAGCGCUCACGAGCUACUACGUCGAUUCCCUCAUCCUAGCCGAGAGCGAGGAGCUCUCCGCCCCGAGGUACCCUCCCGGUGCCGGGCUCCAGCACCCGAGACAGCCCGCCUCUGUGGUGGAUCACAGCGAACUCGGUAAUUGCGCCUUCCCGUCCAAACCUCCCGUGUUCGGGCCAUCAUGGAACCACGUCCCAGCUCAGUUCCCAGGCACCGUCUCCUCAGUUUAUCACCACUACGGACAUCCGCAAGGCCCGAUGGGCGCGGAAACAGACGGCCGCUACCAGUCCUGGCUCCUUGAGCCAGUCUCUAUGCCCGGAUUACCGACGAGCCACCACCAUUACGCCAUCAAACCGGAGGGUCUGGGAACGCCGCCGGGAUCGCACACGACGCUACUGCUCUCCGAAUACACCAACGGCACAGUAGCGACACCGUCACCCGGAGAGAAGGACGAGCUGUCCGCGCAAGGAGGCGAGCUGAGCGCAGAUGGAGAGGACAAGCCGGGCCUGGACCCAAAUAAUCCUGUGUCCAACUGGCUCCACGCCAGCGCCACGAGGAAAAAACGCUGCCCUUACACCAAGCACCAGAUCCUGGAGUUGGAAAAGGAGUUCCUCUUUAACACCUACCUGACCAGGGAUCGCAGGUACGAGGUGGCUCGGCUGUUGAACCUCACCGAGAGACAGGUCAAAAUCUGGUUCCAGAACCGCAGGAUGAAGAUGAAGAAAUUUAACAAGGACGGCGCGCCGAAAGACGAAUGAAAAGCGCGCAGAUUGGCCUAGGAUUACUUUUGGGCUGUGAGCAGAAUCAGCUGGACAUCUGUUUUUUUUAAACUAUCUUGUCUUACUGUACAAUAUUACAUCUUCAAGGAUUAUUUGUCAAGUAAAGGAAAAAAAGCAUGUGGGAGAUUAGUUUGAUGCUACUACCUUUAAAUUGCACAAUUUUGACAGUUCCCAUUGUUUUCCUUUGUUUGUUUUUAAUUGUCUACGUUGAUUUCAAUUAAUACCUCGUUAAAGUGUUAUAUUAGUUGGCCUGCUCCUUUAAAUAUGCUUGGUUGUGUAAGGAUGUUCCUAGCUAAGAGAGAGUGUGUGUGUGUGUGUGUGUUUGUCUGUGUGUGUGUGUGUGUGCUACGUUUAGUUAUAAUUUGUUGUCUACACGUAUAGUUUGUGGAAGAAAUGUGUAAACUUUGUUGUUUAUCCGUAAGUGAUAGAGCUAUGACAGAUGACCAUGAAUUUGAUACUAACUAUAGAACCGUAGGGGUGGGGUGGGGGGUGGGAAUAGCUCGCAUUUGUGUCUAAAACGCUCAGAUUUCUAGAAAGAUUCCUAAAAUAUCUUAUCACAGGUAUCAUUACUAUCAUUGACUACCUAUAUAUUUCAACUACCUACAAUAUGUUUGUUUUUCUUUAGGCGUCAGAUCAAAAGUAGGGUUGCUAUCACUGUAUAAACACGUUUGACUGAAUUUCAGGGACUGACAUUUUCCAAUUAAGGGACACCAUGUUUGUUAGUGGGAGCAGAGGAAACGCUGUAGGCUGCUCACUGAAUACCUCGCACGAUCUGCUGACCGGCUGACGUUUGGUCAUACAUGUAAUUUGUAUUAUUUAUUAAAAUAAAACAAAUUAUAUCUUCAAAGCACGGAA